AGAGGUCUGGCCGCGAUGUGUGAAGCCGAGGAGGGAGGCUGCGGAAACGAGACGCAGCCUAAGAGGGCACCUCGGGGCAGCUGCCCCUCAAAAUGCAUGAAGUGUAAAGAAGGUUCCCCGGUGUUGAUCAUCCGUGUUGGGGAUGCCUUUUGCAAGAGCUGUUUCAAGGAUUAUUUUGUUCACAAGUUCCGGGCUAUGCUUGGCAAGAAUCGCUGCAUUUACCCUGGAGAGAAGGUUCUGCUUGCAUUUUCGGGCGGCCCUGCCUCCAGUUCAAUGGUGCGGCAAGUGCAAGAGGGCUUGAGUCGGGAAGCAGCUAAGAAACUCCGCUUCAAGCCAGGAAUCAUCUAUGUUGAUGAGGGAGCUGUGUGCGGACAGAGCCCAGGCAAGCGGGAGGAGAUCCGCAGCCAGGUGGAGAUGAUCCUGCAAGCCACAGGGUUCCCUUAUCACCUGGUGUGCUUGGAAGAGGUGAUUGACCUGCCAGGCUCGGUGCUGCACUCCAUUCCCCAUAGUGCCACUGACCAGGGCGGCAGCUACAAGGAAGCUGUGGACGGCUUCAUACGAUUGCAGCAGCGUGAGAAGGCGGCGGGGGACUCAGCAAGCUCCCUGGAGGACCAGCUGGCUAGGCUUAGUGUUCACGGAUCAUCACAGCAGGCGGGACCGUUGGUCCCAGGAACUAGGCCGCCUCCGGUUGCCCAUACUGAAGAACUGACCAAGCUCUUUGGGGCUGUGAAAACCCUGACUUCAAAAGAGGAGCUCCUACAGACUCUCCGGAACCACCUGAUCCUGCAUGUGGCCCGGACAAGCGGAUAUUCCAAGGUGAUGAUGGGGGACAGCGGUACCCGUGUGGCUGUCAAGCUCUUGACCAACCUGUGCCUGGGACGGGGAGCCUUUCUGGCUGCAGAUACGGGCUUCUCAGACAGCCGCCACGGUGAUGUGCUGUUCUUGCGUCCCAUGCGGGAAUACACGGCCAAAGAGAUUGCCUUCUACAAUUGCUUCUUUGGGGUGCCCACGGUCUUCAUGCCUGCGCUGGAUACUAAAACCCCCGACAGAGCCAGCAUUCACCGCCUGAUUGAGAGCUUCCUCUACAGGUUGCAGUGCGACUUCCCCUCCACCACCAGCACAGUCUGCCGGACAGGUGAGAAGCUUUGUGUGACUUCCCGAAAGGCUGACCCUGGUGGACCCACAGAAACACCCCAGUGCCUCUUCUGUCUCUGCGCCUUGGACACCAAUGCUGUGGAUGGCUCCUCCUUGCAGUCGACGGUGCUGUCAGAGCAGCUCUGCCAGAAGCCAAUUCCACCAUCCACUGGGAACGGCUGCUGUGGAGGGGCCUUGAACCAGACAGGAUGCUGCAGGGCCCCUCUGUCGCCAAGAGAUUCUUCCCAGCUCCUCCCAUUGCUCUGCUACAGCUGCCGCCUGACCAUCAAAGACAUGAGCUCCUUGGAGCCCCUCCCAGCCUACAUCCACUUGGAGGCAGAGCGCCGGCGAUGCAGGGCUGCAAUGAAGCAAGAAAUCCAGGAGUUCUUGCUUGAAGACGAGGACAGUGAUGCUGCUGAGGGCCUUCCCCUGAGCUGACGACCAAAUACCAUCCUAACAGGUUUGCUGAGCUCUGGAGAACCAGAGUAGAACACCCAGUGCAAGAAAGCAUCCCCUCUUGGCUCUUAUUUGACCUUUUCUUCCUUCCUGAAUUUUAAUAAAUUUUCUAACGCAAAUAAAUUAUUCUGAAGCCGCCAGCAGCUGGCUCAGUGAUGCUA